GUGUCGCCAUCCAAGAGGGAUGUUGUAGUAAGUAAAAAGGGGCGGAGGGGUGGGAGGAGGGUGCAGCUCUCUGCUACUACGUCAGUGGACAUCACAGGGGCACACAGGACCUUUUUGCUUCAGGUACUCGGGGUGACUCCCUGCACGGACCAAAAAAAAAAAAAAGCGAAUCCCGGUCACCCUAAAACGCGCUGACCUUCCCACUAUAAAGGAUUUGGUAUAACCGAGCGCACGCUGGCCAAAGUCCAACGACAGCAGCAGUGCAGUGCAGUGGAGCAGGGAGCUGUCCACGGUGCUGAAUUCAUCAGCUAACAGAAAUCCCCAUUGCACACUCAUGUGUUUGGGCCGCUUCUGAUAGCUCCCAUUCCUAGCAGCAACCGACCACCACCUCCACAUCCAAGAUGGACGACGACGGGCGCUACAGAGACGGGCGCUCAGACUUUGUCCGCGGCGCCAAAGACAUUGCCAAAGUGGCCAAGAAACAGGUCGGCAAGAAGAUGGGCCGUGGCGUGGACAAAAUGGCCGACGAGUACACCAAGCGCUCCUAUAAACGCUUUGAGGAGGAAGAUGAUGAUGAAGACUACGGCGGCGUGCCGAGCAGCAACGACGGCGGAUAUUACCGCAACGAUAGCCGGGCCAAUGACGAUGAAGGCCACAGCGACUCCACUGAAGGACACGACGAGGAUGAUGAGAUCUACGAAGGGGAGUACCAGGGCAUCCCCAGGGCUGACUCGGGCAAGGCUGGCAGCAUAGAUGGGGUGACAGCGGCCCAGGGGCAGCAGUUCAGGGAUCUGUCAGCCUACGAGAGCGAGAGGAGGAAAGACCAGGAGGAGCUGGCCGAGCAGUACGAGACCAUCCUGCAGGAGUGUGGCCACGGGAAGUUCCAGUGGACGCUCUACUUUGUCCUGGGGCUGGCGUUGAUGGCGGAUGGUGUGGAGAUCUUUGUGGUCGGCUUCGUGCUGCCCAGCGCAGAGAAGGACAUGUGUCUAUCUGAGCCCAACAAGGGCAUGCUGGGUCUGAUCGUGUACCUAGGGAUGAUGGUCGGGGCCUUCGUGUGGGGCGGCCUGGCUGAUCGGAUUGGCCGACGGCAGACCCUCCUCAUCUCCCUCUCCAUCAACAGCGUGUUUGCCUUCUUCUCAUCCUUCGUCCAGGGCUACGUCUCCUUCCUCUUCUGCCGCCUGGCCUCUGGUGUGGGUAUUGGUGGCUCCAUCCCCAUCGUGUUUUCCUAUUACUCUGAGUUCCUGGCUCGGGAGAAGCGAGGAGAGCAUCUGAGCUGGCUCUGCAUGUUCUGGAUGAUCGGUGGUAUCUACGCCUCUGCCAUGGCCUGGGCCAUCAUCCCACACUACGGAUGGAGUUUCCAAAUGGGCUCGGCCUACCAAUUCCACAGCUGGCGUGUGUUUGUGUUGGUGUGUGCCUUACCCUCUGUGGCGGCCAUCUCUGCCCUCACCACCAUGCCCGAGAGCCCCCGCUUCUACCUAGAGAAUGGGAAACAUGACGAGGCGUGGAUGAUUCUGAAGCAGGUCCAUGACACCAACAUGAGGGCCAAGGGUUACCCAGAGAGGGUCUUCUCUGUGACCACCAUCAAAACAGUCAAGCAGAUGGAUGACCUGGUGAACUUGGGCGACGGUGCCGCCUGGCAUCAGAAAUGGAAGAUAAAGCUCUCAACACUUUUCCAUCAGGUGUGGAGUAAUUUCCUGACCAUUUUCUCCCCCGAGUACCGCCGCACCACCUACAUGAUGAUGGCUGUGUGGUUCUCUAUGUCCUUCAGCUACUACGGUCUAACAGUGUGGUUCCCCGACAUGAUCAAGUACCUGCAGAAGCAGGAGUACCACUCGCGCACCAAGUUUUUCGCCAAGGAGAAAGUAGAACAUGUCACCUUUAACUUCACCCUGGAAAACCAGGUCCAUCGCCAUGGAGAGUAUUUCAAUGACAAGUUUAUGAACCUGAAAAUGAGAUCUAUGGUGUUUGAGGACUCGCUGUUUGAGGAGUGUUACUUUGAGGACAUCACCUCCAGCAACACCUUCUUCAAGAACUGCACCUUUAUCGCCACCCUUUUCUACAACACAGAUCUCUUCAAGUAUAGGUUGGUCAACUGCAAGCUCAUCAACAGCACUUUCCUGCACAAUAAAGAAGGCUGCCUGCUCAGUGACGUCAGUGAUGAGAACAAUGCAUACAUGGUCUACUUCGUCAGUUUCCUGGGCACCUUGGCUGUGUUGCCGGGCAACAUUGUCUCCGCGCUGCUCAUGGACAAGAUCGGACGGCUGAGAAUGCUAGCUGGCUCCAGUGUGAUCUCUUGUGUCAGUUGUUUCUUCCUGUCCUUUGGCAACAGCGAGUCAGCCAUGAUUGCUCUGCUCUGCCUGUUCGGGGGAAUCAGCAUCGCUUCCUGGAAUGCUCUGGAUGUGCUGACUGUCGAGCUCUACCCCUCUGACAAGAGAACCACAGCAUUUGGCUUCCUCAACGCCCUCUGUAAAUUAGCGGCUGUUUUAGGCAUAAGCAUCUUUACCUCGUUUGUUGGUAUCACCAAGGCUGUGCCCAUCCUCUUUGCCUCAGGGGCACUGGCGGUGGGCAGUUUUCUGGCCCUCAAACUACCAGAGACACGAGGUCAGGUGCUGCAAUAGUGUGGCGCCAACAACUCUCCGGGGGGGCAGAAGAGUUUUCACCACACUGUGAAAGAACAGCUCAAGAGCCCUCCAAAUCCUUCCCUCUAACCCCUCUCUCAUAAUGAUAGAGUUAAGUUUCUGCACAUAACACAACGCAGAAGAGCGACACAGAUCUGCUGUAAAUAUUUUGGAUUGGUGAUUAAGGUAAUAGUGAAGCUGUGACAAACUAUUAGAAUGCUUGAAUAAACAUUGAGCUGAGACAAAUUGCUGAUGAUUGCUCAGAAUUGUUGCCGAAACGUGAUGCAAACGUAAUAUUAACAUGUUCAGUGAGAGCAUGACAUUUCAUUCCCCUGGGAUAAAAUAGUACAUUUAGAUUCGGCCCCAAAUACAAGUGCCGUACAUACACCUGGGGUUGGAGGUCAGGAUGGGGGUUCUUGAUAAUGAGCCAUGCAAAUAGACUCAUAGAAAUGACCACUAGCCAUUGUUACAGAGUUCUCUGUAGUCACCUCCAUUCUUCUCAGCAAAUUCAACUCACCUGUCAAGUCUUGCAUUCUUUGCCAUUGUUGGACAUAAAAUCAAAAAUGUGACAUUUAAUGCCUUGAUUUGAAGCAUUUUUGACCAUGCGUGGUAAAACCAAGACCCAACUCUCUUGGCUUUCUCUUAAACAAAGACCUGUCCUCAUUCUUUGUCUCCUGGGGUUUUGUGUUGGUGUACAGAUUAACUGCCAUUUUAUAGAUUAUAGAACAUUCCAGGUUUGCUUUUGUUAUUGUUAGAAUGUGACAAGGAGAUCAAUCGAGCCCCUUCUCCCUUUAAAACAUUGUUUCUGAUCACCUCCGUGAGAUCAUGAGAUAUUUUGAAUCAGUUAGCCCAAUGGUUAUAUUUCCCAUGCCAAGUGAACAUUGUGUGCUGUCAUGAUUUCAUCACAAAGAUGAAAAUGUUUGUUGAAGUGUACAUUUAAAGCACAACCAUUUGCCAGUGUGAAUUUCCCCAACAUUUUCUUGACUUGAUGAAAAUGUUCAGAAUCUCACACUCAAUCACCUUUUUUCAAUCAUACUGGAUAUCCCUUUGUAAGAAAUGCCUUCUUAGUACCUCUCCUCCUAGGCUUACAGUAUGUUCGUCUCUUACAAUAUAUGUUUUGGAGGGUGUUAUGCAUGUCACAAAGUAUGUAUGUAAAUUUAUGAAAAUUGAGAGUACAACAUGUAAAAACAGAGCUUUGGACAAGUUGCACUUGCUCAUCGGUUAGUCUGGCUUAAGUCCCCGUAAUGCUUUGACAUUUCCUAACCACAAGAGACAGCACCAUGCUUUUAUUCUGCCGUUGGUAGCAGUGAUACCACGACAGCUGAUCUCCUCCUUAGAGGAGAGCAGUUUCCACAGGAUGUUCUUAAAAUAUAUUCUUAAAAAUAUUCCUUUAUUACCUUAAAUCAUAUAGAGUACACAUGUGGAAGAAAAGUAGGUAAUUACAAAGGAGAAAAAAAAUUACACAAAAAGGCUACACUUUUAGUUUUGAUGGUUUCAGUGUGUAAGAGAUAACCGACUUUAAUUGUUUGUGUGAACUGAAUGUUUAUAUUAAUGUGAGUGUGCUUCUUAGUGCAAUAUUGAACCUCUGUGCAAUAUUGAGUUUUUAUUUUUUUUGUCUAUAUUUAUAUAUUUUACCAUUUCAUAUUUGGCAAACAUCCUGAUUAGUGAAAGUUUGUGGGGUAGCUGUCUUAUAUAAUGAUAAGUGAACAUGGUGUGAUAACAUACUGAACUUAACCUGUUUUUGCUCUUGGAUCAAGACAGGCUGAACGAUUAGAUUUUAUCAUCAGUAGAGUAAAUAUAAAAAUUGUUCAAAAAUUGCAAAGUAAAAUUUUACUAAUUUACGAUGUCCUUGGGGCACAUAACAUGUUGAACAAUAAGGAAUAAUUGCAGUUGAAAGGAUUUCUGCUAAUGAAGGCAUGGAUUUGAAGUGCACGGGGACCUUGUGUUUACUAGUGCUUUAUUAUACAAAUGUAGCUAAAUAUAACCCGAGAUUCACCAUAGAGAACUCACUGCCAAGGGCUGAUUGUCAUAUAUCCCACAUUAUAACAGCAGCGUGUUGGCGAAAAUUAUUGCCACAUUCCCCUCAUCUAGAAAAGCAAGAGUGAUAUGUUCACAAUUGCAUGGUUGAUGAAAAACAAUCAUGAUAAUGUCAGAUUAACAAAAAAACGUUUUCGUCCAAACUGCCAUUUUGUAGGAUAGCAGCCAUACGUAGACUCAAAGACAGUUAAUAAUAAAAUAAAAUAAAAUAGACAACCCAUUGCACUAAAUGUACACUGUCGUACAUGCACAAUUGUGAAUGCCUUGCGUUCUUCAAGACACAAUCUGAUGCAGUCUUGCUAGUGAUUUAAUGAAGAACAAGGUGAGCGUUUAGCAAGAGCACAAAGACCAAAACCUACCAAAUGACAAGAUUAUGAAUACGAGUGCAGUUGUGAACAUAGGUGCUUUGAGCUUUGAUGACCUGCCCCUUACAUUUCACUCCCUCCUUCUCACACUGAUAAAUCGUCCAAAUUUUACAUCUGACCCAUUAUCUAUAAGUGUGCCAUGAGUACCACCUCUCAUUAAUUAUUGCCAAAUAUUUUGUAUGGCCUGAGUUUACACAUUACACCACCAAUUCUCUGUUAUAGAUAUGAAUAUAUGUAAAUAAAAGUACUUAUAAUGUAACUAAUAAGAUAGCUCUUCAAACAUUUUGACCCUUGGAAACAUACUAUAUUGCAGUCAGUCUUUGUAGGUUGUCAGCCAUCUAACAUGUAACAUGUAAAACAAAAACAAUUGGACUUAUUAUAGUAAUGAAGAUUUAGCACAACUCAUCUGAGAACCUGUCUGCCUGAGUCCAGGUGCACUUGUUUUCAAACUGCAAGAAUUGAUGGCUUCAGAAGCUAAAAUGGCCAGCAAGUCAGAAAACAAAAUGUCCUCAUAUGCCCUCAUAAAAGCACAUUGACAGUAUAUAAACCCACAUAAGCUGUACAAAUAUAAAGGCUAAGCAUCAGGAGUUCUAGUCUCUGUAUGUUGUCCUGUAUCACCCAUGAAAUUUAAGAAGAUGUCAAGAUAACUGUUGUAUUUGUUCAACAUGGAAUGCUGUUAAAGCGCUGUCCUGUCUCAGUGACUCAGUUCAGGCUCGGUCCAAGUUAAAAUGUCUCUUGUAGAUACAUAUCUUAGCUUAUGUUACAGGGUUUUUUGUAUAAUUAACUUGUUGCCUGCGCAACAGUCAAUCGUGAGUGCAAAAAGUUAACAAAGCAAUAAGUGUUUGGGUAUUUGUCUCUUAUUCUCUUCUUUGAAGCUAUUGGGGAAUUGGAGCACAUUACUAUAUGCUGGCCUUGUCCACUAAAAUGCUGAGUGUUGGCUUAAUAAUGAACAGCUAACAUUCGUGUGUACUCUUUACAACAACCCUAAGUCUUGAGGCUUUUGUCAACAAGAUUGCAUUGCCAUUAAUUAAAUGUAACAAAGAAUUUAUCACCGUUGUCAUUGUACUGUGCUGUAGAAACUAGUUGAUUGUAAGUAUAGAAACUGUUUGUGGAACCAUUAAUAUAAACAAAAAGGUUAUAAAAAAAAAAAGUGUAAAUGAACAAUGCUGUAUGUUGUCUUUGAUUUUGUGUAUUUUGUAAAUGAGAAUGAAAUACAAGUAAUUACAUCAAUGUUAAAUACCGGUUAUGAAUCAUAGUUAGCCUAAAUGUGACAACAUCAGUUCUGUUAAAUGGUGUGUGAGAUCUUUUCUUAUAUUUUAUCAUUGUUGAUUUUUGUUUGGGUUUGCGCUAUGCUGUGCAACUGACCCUUUGGAAUCACAAUGGAUAACAAAGAACCACGAAAUAAACAAAGUAUGAAAAGUCAA